CGACGAGAUCGACAUAAGGAUUGGGUGACCAUUACACAUAGCUCAUACGUGUCACUUUCGCAUUUCUAACGGCUGCAGAAAGGAGCAAGCCCUUGGCUGGGAAAGACGGGACGGACGCUCACGCCAACCUACACGCCCCAUCGGACGACAGACAGGCCUACCACACUACAAAGCAUCGCUGCCUCGCGUGAUCCCUUUGCCGCCAUGACGACUCCUUCAUCAACGGAGUUUGGGCAUCCCCUGCGCAAGUUCAAGCUCGUCUUUCUCGGUGAGCAGAGUGUCGGCAAAACGUCGUUGAUCACUCGAUUCAUGUACGACACAUUCGACAACACAUAUCAAGCGACAAUCGGCAUCGACUUUUUAAGUAAGACCAUGUACCUCGAGGACCGGACCGUCCGGCUCCAAUUGUGGGACACGGCAGGUCAGGAACGCUUCCGGUCGUUAAUCCCAUCGUACAUCCGCGACUCGUCCGUAGCGGUGGUAGUGUACGACAUCUCGAACCGCGCCUCGUUCCAGAACACGUCCAAGUGGAUCGACGACGUGCGCGCCGAGCGCAGCAACGACGUCAUCAUCGUUCUUGUCGGCAACAAGACCGACUUGUCCGACAAGCGCGAAGUCACCACCGAGGAGGCGGAGAAGAAAGCAGCCGAGUUCAACAUCAUGUUCAUCGAGACCUCAGCCAAAGCCGGCCACAACGUCAAGCCGCUGUUCAAGAAGAUCGCGCAGAGCUUACCGGGUAUGGACAAGGAUGGCCAGCAGGCAGAGCAGGAAGGGCAGAACAAGAUGAUCGACGUGUCUGCAACAACGCAAAAUGCAGCAGCAGAAGAGGGCGGCUGCAAGUGUUGAUGUUGCUGCAUCUCCACAGUUGCCCGUUCUACAGAGGCGCAGUUCUCGGAUCGCUAGAGGGGAAGGGAGGCGUGUUUUUCUGUGCUGUAAUACCAUAUUCUUCCUUGUUUGUUUUGCAACGAAUCGCAAGCCAGGCCCGAACCUUCCCAGCAUUCCCAGGCGCAUACAUCCCUUCCCAACGCACCGCAUCGCAUCUCUCCCCUGUGCCCUCUGGCCGUGCUGUGAUCUCAAUUGCGUUGAUUUGCUCUGCUACUAUGAUACAGCUGAUAGGGAAGAUGCAAAUGCAGCAUAUGUAAAUGGCUCUACUACGGUCUCUAAGGAUGCACGAGAGUUGCUUGGAAUGUGGUGACGCGGGGUGGAGCAGCAUGCAAUAAACAGUAGGCUCGC